UAUCGAACGGGGUGUAAAUUAUUGCGGAUAGAAAAAAGAAAUACGAUUAAACAUAAAACGAAUUUCCAACAAAAAAUUUUAAUUAGCAAAUUAACAAGUGUAAAUGUUAAUUUUACCUAAAAUAAUUACACAAUAUUUAAGAUUUGCAAUAAAUAUUUAAAUUUGUAUGCAAAAUUAUUAGUUCUAACUAAAAGAGAAAGUGAAAAAAAUACAAUUUUUGUGUAAAUUUUUUUCAUUUAUUAAAGAAGAAGAGUGAAAAAAUAGCGGAAAAGAUAAAGAGAAAUAAAAGUGUGUCUCGCCUGAGUGGAAAAUGUAAUGGGAGUAGUUGUGUGAGUGCGUAUUUGUGUGUAUGUUUCUUAAAAACAAAAAGAAUUAUAAAAAAGCAAAUAAGAAAAAAAUUAGCAAAAUAUUAGAAAAAAGCCAAGUUUUUAUGCAAAAAUUAAAUUUAUAGCUUAUAACAAAAAUGGGUACAACUGCAGAAAUGAUUGUUAAUAAAACUAAAAAUAUAACAAAUAAUGAAAAUGCUACAAAAACAAAUGACCCUAUUUUGGAAACCUCUAAACCAGAAACAGCACCUCACAAUAAUACAACAAUAACAUCAAUAGCGGAAAUAACAACUGCUGCUAGUACAACAACAACAAUUACUACUACAAAUAACACCACCACCCACAUUACUAAUACGGAAAAUGAAACAGAAUGUACGGCGGCACAAAAUAUCAAAUCAUUACCCAAAGCAUCACCACCUCCACAAGUUAUUAUUAUACCAGCCAAUAGUGAAGCUUCCACAGCGGCCACAAAUGCCGCCAAGAAAAUACGUCGUGCAUUUUCUAUGCCACGCAAUCCUUUUCGUUGGUCGCAUAAACUAAAAACAACAACUGCAGAUCACAAGACUAACGGAAGAGUAACUCAAGAUUCUGGAGGUGGUGAGGUAAAAGGCGGAGGUUCCAGUGGUUUAACAGGAUUUUCUUCUAUUACUAAAUCCUACACAUUAUCUUCAUGUGUAGGUGGAAAAAGAGAAAGAGCUGAAAGUUUUGUAUCCCUUAAUAGUAAUGAUGACAAUUAUAUCCCCACCACUAAUACUAACAAUAAAGAAACCCAGCAAACGCAAGCUGAGGAAAAUGAAAAAUCGAAAGCAAGCAUAGCAAAAAGUUCAACAACAACUACUAAGAAGUUUAACACAAAAUCGAAUACAAUUAAUGGAGUUUCAAGUCUAACAAAUUCCUCAACCCUGGCGACCGGUGCAUCAUUAUUCUCAACUUUACCGGCUGGUGCUAGCAAUAGUGGCAAUAGUAAUAGUGCCAACAAUAACAAUCGAGUCUUUAGACGUUCAUCAUUUAGGAAAUUUUUAAAUCGUAUUACCCAGCAUAUGACUGCUUCGGAAAUCACAACGGACCUCAUGGGUCUACAAGUGGAUACCUAUUUGGUAUACAACCAUUUUAAACUAAAGUAAGGCGCUAGUCUUGAC